AUGUCCAUCAUAAUCAUCGGCGGCGGCCCAACAGCCCUGCUCACAUCGAUCUACCUAUCCACCUACAAAAUCCCACACACCCUGUUCGACCAACGCCCAGGUGGAGCCCCAGAACCCGCCCUCAUAACUCUCAACUUCCGCACCAUGGAAAUCCUCCGCGCCCUCAAGCUCGAGGACGCCGUGCUAGCAGCGGCCGCGCCACCCUCCCGCACAAAGGUAGCAUGGUACACCAACUUAGGCGCGAACGGACGCGAGAUCUUCACGCGGGACGCGUUGGGCGGGGGGAUCUACGAAGAGGAGUACGCAUACUACAGCCCGUGCCGCACGGCGCAUCUUUCGCAGGCCCAGCUGGAGGGGAUCCUGCUGCAGCGGGCGCGCGAGUUGAAUCCGACGGGGAUUUGUUCUGCGGAGGUUUUGGCGCUGGGGGAGGAUGCGGAGGGCGUCACUGUUACGGUGCGGCAUGGCGAUAGCAUGAAUCCAGAUGCAGCAGCUGGAGAGAUCCGCACGUGCCGCGCUUCAUACGCCAUCGCCGCAGAAGCAGAAGCAGAUGGCGCACGUAUUGCUCCCGCGCUGGGGAUAGCCAUGUCCAUGUCCGGCGAGGAGGACAUCAUGGAGAUCGACCUCGUCUCCGUGCAUUUCCGCGCCCCGCUCAGCCUCGUCCACGACCCGAACGUCCUGGUAGCGUCCUUCAUUGACCCAGCCCGAGGCGCGAGCGGAACCCUCACCCAGCUGGGUCCGUAUCCCUGUGCUAACCCCGAUGCCGAGGAGUGGCUGCUCAGCUGGGCAGUCCACCCUCACGCCCCAAAGCCCGACAGUAACGAGAUCCUGCACCGCCUCGUUCGCACGCUGGACCUCCCACCCUCGCUCCUGUCCCGCAUGCGACCACUACGCACAACACACAAGCGCGUCUCCCCGCUCGUCGCAGACCACUACCACAGCGCCCAAGGCCGGAUCUUCCUAGUCGGGGCCUCAGCGCACCGCAUCCCCGAUGCGCCGGGAGGCGGAAGCGGGACCGGAAGCGGAAGCAUAGGCGCAAACACGACCUUCCAAGACGUGCAGAAUCUCGCGUGGAAACUGGCGCUGACGCUCCGAAACCCCGGGCAGAUGCAGCAUACGCUGCCGAACAACCUGCUGUCGACGUACGAGGCGGAGCGGAGGCCGAUUGCGCUGCGUGUCGCGGGGGACUGUGUGUCGGAUUGGCGGCGCCAUGCAGGCGUAAGCGCUAUGGACAGAGCGCUGGGUGUAUACCCGGCCCAGACUGUGGAGGAGAACGUGGCGUCGUUGAACGCGUACUUUGAGCCUUCGCAUCCUCUCCACGCGCAGCGGAGACAGGCUGUCCUGGACGCGCAGGGCGUUCUUGAUAGAGGGCUCCACGCCCCCGGGACGGAGGGCGGGUGGUUCUACGAGACGGACAUCACGUCCGUGAGCCACGGCGCCCAGGUAAACGAAAACAGCUUCGACGUGCACCGGUACCACGUCUUCCCGGAGGAAGGGCACCACCUGCCGCAUUUCUGGGUGAGGAGGCGGGAGUUCACGCGGUCGAGCCGGAAGUUGAUUCGGACUGAUAAGCUCGUGCUGCUUGCGAAGGACCGGCGCUGGAGCGGGUUUAAGAGGGAGGUGGACGAGGUGGAUGUGGAGAUUUUGAAGGGCGGGUUGGAGUGUUGGAGGGAUGUGCAUGGGGCGUGGGAGGGAUUGGGGUUGGAGGCGGAUGAGGCGCUGCUUGUGAGGCCGGAUGGGGUGAUUGCGUGGCGGUUGGAUGGGAGUUACUUGGGGAGUACGGAGUAUUUUGCCAAGGUUGUUACGAGGGAGGUUUUGAGGUAUUAUAAUAACUAG